AUGGACAACAUAAGAAGAUAUAUGGAAGGGACAAUUACUGCUCCAACUACACCCUGUGGAUUGUCGAUAGGGAGUCCCAGUCAGCGAUUGUUUGACAGCGAUAGCGACAACGAAAAUAACACACACCGUCAAUUGGGCACCUGCAAUGGCUACAAUUCCCAUCCAGGAAGCAAAUCAAAUUUACUUCUUUGCAUGCAGUGCGACAUGGAGUCACGUAAUUGUUCCUACCGUCCACGUAAAUCGGUCAAUCAGACUGGGAGAUAUCUCGAGGAGGAACGUGCGCUGAGAUGCCAGGAGUGUUACGCCGCACAGCAGAUCCCACCCAGCGACGAUCACUGCGUGCACUGCGAUAUCAUGACUCACGACGAGCAGCCAGAUUUGAUUUGCUUCGGCUGCGAGGACGACGACCGCACCACCGAGGAAGAGGGAAUGGUGCUGUGUUCAAAGUGCGAGGAGCCCAGUACUGAGACCACCGAGAGUCCCGGAAAAAAUGGGUCAGGUACCCAGGCCUCCUCCUCCAGCGAAACCGGGAGUGCGUAUCCCGUCGACGCGGUGGUCAAAAUCCACGUUAAUGAUAAAUCUUUCGACGGUGACUCGGAUGACACUAAUGAUGACUCAAGCGCGCCUAUUAAUAACCGGGAAUUUGAACCAGCUGAUAGACUAUCACCUAUUGUUGAACACGUACAAUCGGUUGAUAAUAAUGACGCUAAUGGAGCUGAAGAUGAGUCAAAUAGUACCGGAUUUAAUGGCCAGCACAGUAGAUAUUUAAAUAGUAUGCUAGUGCUUUUUUUGUAA